GAGCCAUUCACACUUCAAUCAUCAUUCAAUUUAGUUUCCAAAAAAGCACAAGACAAGACAAUAUAAAGCUAAGAGAGGCGCAGCAACCCCCAAAAGGUGCCGCCACCACUCUCCUCUGCUCCACUGAGCUAACCAUGGCGGCCACUGCAACACCACUCCAAACCUUGAAAUUCCACUCCCUUCAUCCAAAACCAACCACUCUCUUCCCAACCAAACCACCGUCCCUCAUCUCAAUACCUCACUCUCCCACCACUUUCCGCCACAACAAACUCACCCUCACCACCGCCGCAACCACCGGAGACACAACCGUCUCUCCCAACGGCCCUCCCCCUUCCUCCUCUCGAUCCAAGGUUCGGCGACGCACGAUUUCGGUGUUCGUCGGCGAUGAGAGCGGAAUGAUUAACCGGAUUGCCGGAGUGUUCGCGAGAAGAGGAUUCAACAUUGAGUCACUCGCUGUUGGCCUCAAUGAGGAUAAGGCUCUCUUCACCAUUGUUGUAUCUGGAACUGAGACGGUGCUGCGUCAAGUUGUGGAGCAGCUUCAAAAGCUUGCCAACGUUCUGAAGGUGGAAGAUUUAUCAAAUGAGCCUCAGGUAGAACGCGAAUUGAUGCUCAUAAAAGUGCAUGCUGAACCCCAAAAUCGUGCUGAGCUGAAGUGGUUGGUGGACAUAUUCAGAGCUAAGAUUGUAGAUAUAUCGGAACAUUCGGUGACAAUUGAGGUCACUGGAGAUCCUGGGAAGCUGGUUGCAGUUCAAAGAAAUUUAAGCAAGUUUGGAAUUAAAGAAAUAGCCAGAACUGGAAAGAUCGCAUUAAGAAGGGAAAAGAUGGGUGCAUCAGCUCCAUUUUGGCGGUAUUCAGCUGCUUCGUAUCCAGAUCUUGAAGGAAAGCCAGCUAUUAAUGCACUUGUGGGAGUGAAAAAUAGAAAUCCUGUUGACAAAAAUGAUGCGCCUGUAGGGGGAGAUGUUUAUCCUAUAGAGCCUCCAGACAGUUUUACAGUCACUCAAGUACUUGAUGCUCACUGGGGUGUUCUCAAUGAUGAAGAUACUAGCGGAAUUCGGUCACACACUUUAUCCAUGCUUGUGAAUGAUGUUCCCGGAGUUCUAAACGUUGUCACAGGAGUUUUUUCUAGAAGGGGCUAUAACAUUCAGAGUUUAGCUGUAGGACAUUCUGAAGUUGAAGGAAUUUCGCGACUUACAACCGUGGUUCCUGGGACAGAUGAGUCAAUUGGCAAGUUGUUGCAGCAACUCUAUAAGCUAAUAGAGCUGCAUGAGGUUCGUGAUUUGACACACAUGCCAUUUGCUGAGCGAGAAUUAAUGCUAAUAAAGAUUGCAGUAAAUGCUGCUGCACGACGUGAUGUCCUUGAUAUUGCCAGCAUUUUCAGGGCUAAAGCUGUUGAUGUAUCCGAUCAUACAAUAACCCUCGAGCUUACUGGAGAUCUGGACAAGAUGGUUGCAUUGCAGAGAUUAUUAGAACCAUAUGGCAUUUGUGAGGUGGCACGAACUGGGCGCAUUGCACUAGUCCGAGAAUCAGGUGUGGACUCCAAGUACUUGCGUGGAUACUCUUUUCCUUUAUAAUUAUCCCUUCGCCAGAAAUUUUCGCCUUGUAGUUGAGAUUGUACUUUCUCUUUAGAUGUGUGGUUUUGUGUUCUAUUCGAAAACCCAUUACAGUUGACGUAAACGUGUAAUGUCCAAGCCCAAUGCGUAAAUUUGAUGCAAAUUGUUUUAGUGCGUCUGUAUUUAUGUUCGGAAGCCUCCUUGAUACCAAUGACACAAGACACAUUGAUGA